AUGGGCAAGAUCAGCUUUGAUCAGUGCGCCAUACGGUACAGAGACAAUGCAACCCUUCAGUCGCUCUGGGGCUGGAAUGGAACCCUAGUCGGCAUCGAGCGCAACCACACCACCCUGAUCUCAAGCGCAGGCUGUAUCCAUGUUUGCGGCAGUGGAACGGACUACUAUCCAUGGGCGGACGUGUCACAGACAAUCACAACGUGGAUCCUGCCCGUCGUUGGCACCCUCCUCCAGGCCCCGUUCGAAAGCAACGCGGCAAAGCGCACAUUCCUCGCAAUCACACGAUGGGUCGGGUCGCCCAUCGCCUCUCUCAGCUACGUGCUAUGGAAUAUCAAGGUGUCUGCGAAGGCGGCGUUGAUGGUUGACAUGGCUGUCAAGUAUGGCGAGACGCCAGACCUCGAGUCGGAUUUCGGAAGCAUGCGCGACUCGAUGUAUCUGCUGCUGGCGAUGAACCAGUAUACGCUCAAGGACGAGGUAGUUUCGAGCUCGAAAGAGGCCGAGGGCUUGUUGCGCAUUGUGCUGUUCAGCAAGGACUUGAAGCUGACGGAUACGAACAAGUCGCUCCGCGAGAUGAGGCGGAUUCUGACUCGUGAAUUGCGGGAAAUGCGUAGACGCGGCGCUGUGCCAGCUGACGCGAUGAUAGUGUUCGUGUCAACGAUGUGGUUCCUCUUCGCCUUCGCCCUCUCCAUCCAAGCCGCCUUUGGAGAUCUGGGGCAAAACACUACCGCUCACGACCUCGCACUUGGCUGUCUGCUUGCCUGGUUCCCCGUACUGAUCAUGGGCUCGAUCGUAGACCGCAAUCCUAUUGCUGCAGACGCCAUCCGUGUCAAACUCAACACGUUGGUGGAUCACGUGCGCCACGCGCUCAGGAACGAACAGCGUCGCGCCGCCUUCAUCAACUCUUUCGGCGACCAGCCCAACUUCAACGAGCUCAAGGCCGAGGUGGACCAUCUCGCGACGCUUUCGACCGGCGAGGACCUCAAGCACUUCUUCCAGGAGUUCGCCGGCCAGGCACGUGUACGGUGGCACUACGGCGCAGCCCAUCCCAUACUCUCGGACAUCGAGAACUGCUACAUCGCCGCGAAAGGACGGAACUGGCUCGCGAACGAGGCGGAAGCGCGCGCGAGUCUUGUCACAGGGCGCAGCAACGACGAGGGGCUUGUGUGGUUCGACGUCCGCGAGUUCUGGCAGAUCGCUAGCGCCGUGAUCAUUGUUGGGGGAAGUUGCGGCGGCGCUUUCAUCCUCAGCUACUUCACCCCGACGGUUGGCCUUGGAUGUCGUAGCGGCGGGUAUACCAUCUUCUUCUGCGUUUCCCUCGGCCUUCUCAUCAUGGAAAUGCUGGUCUGGCUGGUACUGUCGCCGUACAAGAUCGACAAGUGGCCAUGGAUUGCUCGUGCUGAAGGACGGUUGAGCAGCAACGCGACUUUCAACGACUGGGGCAACAGCACCCACAAUAGCUGGGUCAAGCUGAAAAGGCAGGCCUCGAGCUUCUGGCUGAACACGGAGAACUUGGUCAUCAACACCCUCGUGCGCAUCGCCCUUCUUAUCCCCUGGAAAAGUAAGACUGCGGUCAAACGAGAGGUCGAAGACUACUUGGAAGACUUGGCCAGACGGCGUCGCAUCAUGCCCUCGCAGAGGCGAUGGGAGCUCUUUUUCUUUCGGCCCUUGGAGAUAUUCAAUGCUAUCUGGCUGGUGUACAUUGUGCUGGCACAGACGUUCGGAUGGUACAAGACCUGCCAUUGCGUCACUAGCACUUGGGCCGGCCGCGGCGGCUAUCUCGACUUCGGCGUACAAGACACGUCCAACAGCAAGUGGGUGUUGUACUACUGGACAACCGGAACCCUACUCACCGCGACCGUCAUGUUUCUGUCCAUGUUCUACAUCACAGUGGAGUGGUGCCAGCAGUCCUUCCUAUCCACCGAGGACUACGACGACGCCAUGCAAGGCCUGAGAAGGACGCGGUCCUACCGACACUACACAUACUUCGUCCGCGUGAUGGCGCGCUUCAUCGCGCAGUACACGCUGCAACCGCUAGAGUGGGUGUCGUACAAAGUCGGCCUCAUCAAGACGAUGCAGGACACGCUGUUCUGGACCAAAGAGCACGACUGGGACCCCGCAGUCCGCCAACGGCCGCGACGAAGCGACGUCGUCACACCCACCUUCGCGUACACAGACAUGUCCGAGAUCCCCCUCGCUGCUAUCAAAGCAACAGAAACACCCGUCCUGGCGCACUCUCUGUUCCCGCCCGCCAUUCCCCCCGGUCGUCAGCGCACUGAGAGCGAUACCUCGACCCGGCCCCCUUACCGGCCCGAGUACCAAUACAGGGCCAGCGACGACUCGUACGCGCCCCUGAUCCAGCGGCCGUCGGAAGCGCAUACGGGCCAGCGCACAGACUCGCUGUCCAGCGACGAACACCGCGUCAGCAGCGACCAGGCCAUCUUGCCGUCGUCUUCGGCCCACGAGCAGCCGCCGUUCGCGGGAUGGCUGGGGCUGAGUGCUGCGCUGCAGCCGCACCACAUUCACAGGAGGGCUAAUUCGGAUCCUGGGAGUCCGCCAUUCGAUUUACCGCCGCCGAACCAGGAUCCGCUGGGGAUACAUAUGGAGGCCGAUCUCGAGAGGGGAACGCGUUGA